CCGGAAGUUAUAUUUUCGGACUAACCGGAGUCACUUGAUGCUUCCGUUAGAGAUAAAACCAUGGACGAGUAUCAAACAGAAGAGGAGACUGCGUUCAUCGUUGAAGAUGUGAGCAAAGUAAUUAAAGAGUCAGUAGAAGCCGCCAUAGGAGGAAGUACUUACCAACACAGCAGAGUAAACCAGUGGUCCACAUCUGUAGUGGAGCAGUGCCUCAGUCAGCUCAGCAAAAUGGGAAAGCCUUUCAAAUAUAUCGUAACCUGCAUCAUCAUGCAGAAAAAUGGUGCUGGUCUACAAACUGCUAGCGCCUGCUUCUGGGACAACUCUACUGAUGGGAGCUGUGCAGUGAGGUGGGAGAACAAGUCCAUGUACUGUAUCGUCAGUGUUUUCGGCCUCGCCAUUUGAACCCACUGCUCACUUUUGUAAUCAGAUUUUUACAAAACACGCCUCGGAUGUAGGUUAUGAUCCAAGAAAAAAAUUAUUAGAUUUCAGUGGUGAUCCAGAUUCAGGAAGGUUU